AUGGGAGACGCACGCAGGUCCACCAGCUUCUUCACCGAGCAACACCUCUCCUACGCCGAUAUCCUUCCGCCUCUUCAGGUCCGAGCUAGAAUCGAAGUAGCGGUUCUUAAUUUCCUCAAGGUUUUGAACUCUCCAGCUCCAGCCAUCUCAAACCUCCCAACGAUCAAGCGGAAGGCAAGUAAUAGCAGAGUGAAUCAGGGAUUAUUGACCGAUGUUUCAUGGAUUUUUCUGUCACAUGCGUUCUGCACAAAAUCUUUGACGAGGGAAAAUACUGCUAAAUCCUUCAUAAGAGUGUGGAAGGUGAUGGAGAUGUGUUACGAGAUUCUAGUUCUGGAAAAGAGAGUAACCCAGAGAGAAUUGUUUUACAAGUUGCUUUGUGCAUCACCAGAUUAUUUUGCAUCUCAACUGCAGGUCAAUCAAACAAUCCAAGAUGUGGUAGCAUUGCUUCGAUGCAGCCGUUUUAGUCUUGGAAUCAUGGCAUCUAGUAGAGGAGCUGUAGCCGGUCGCUUACUGUUGCAGGAGCCUAACGAAGAGACUGUUGACUGCACUACAUGCGGAUCUUCUGGCUACGCUAUUUCUGGUGACCUAGACUUGUUGGAGAAACUGGUCAUGAAGACAGAUGCUCAUUAUAUCUUUGUGAUUGAGAAGCAUGCAAUAUUUCAGCGGUUGGCUGAGGAUCGAGUGUUCAAUCAAAUUCCAUGCAUUCUUAUAACUGCAAAAGGAUACCCUGAUAUUGCUACAAGGUUUUUUCUUCACCGUAUGAGUCAAGCUUUUCCUGAAAUGCCAAUUUUAGGGUUGGUUGACUGGAACCCAGCUGGAUUGGCUAUUCUUUGCACCUUCAAGUAUGGAAGCAUUGGGAUGGGCCUAGAAGCAUUCAGAUAUGCUUGCAACAUCAAGUGGUUGGGAUUAAGGAAAGAUGAUUUGGAGAUUAUACCGGAAGAAUCUCUCAUUCAAUUGAAGCCAAGAGAUAUGCAAAUUGCCAAAAGCUUGACUUCUUCAGAAAUAUUGCAGGAUAACUAUAAAGAAGAGUUGGCGGUAAUGGUUGAGAGCCGUCGAAAAGCAGAAAUCGAAGCUCUCUACUUUCAUGGAUAUGAUUUCUUAGGGAAAUAUUUAGCAAAGAAAAUUGUACAGGCUCAUUACAUUUAG